AUGGCGCGCGGCGUGGCGGUUGGGGCGAAGGGCGGCGCCAAGAAGAAGGGCUCCGUCACCUUCACAAUCUACUGCACCAAGCUCGUGGAGGACAAGAUCAAGGAGAUCUCCACGCUCGAGAAGUUCCUGCAGGAGCGCAUCAAGGUCGCCGGCGGCAAGGCUGGCAACCUCGGCGAGGGCAUCACCGUCACCCGCGAUAAGACCAAGGUCACCGUCACCUCCGAUGGGCCUUUCUCCAAGAGCGUUAUCCUGUGGCACCAUAUCUUGUCAUUGAUGCAGAGAUGGUUUCUAAUCUUAAAAGAAGUCAACAACUGGAAGGUGUCCCAGGGCGAAGGAUAUGCUAAUAUGUUGACUUACUGUAGAUUAGGAACCAUCUCUGCAUCAAUGACAAGUUAACAAUUAUAGUUAACUUGACACAA